ACGCGUAAUAAUCGUAACAAAAUGUUAAGUUCACGUUAUUACAGUGCAUCUCGUUUAGGAACGAAUGCAAAACCACGGACUGCCAUGGUCAUAGAUGACGAAGAUGAUCUUUACACAGGGUUUAAUGAAGUCGCACCUGCUUUAGAUACAAGGAACUUGAGGGAAGACCAGGAGUUUCAAGAAACUUUGAGAACUGCUGGCAUUGGAAGGAAAGUGCCUAGCCGUACGGGUACAGGGAUGUUACGACUAGGCACAGUGAGCAUGCCGCGUAGUUCAAGGGCUGGUACUGCAGCCGCCAGACCCGUCACUGCAGUACGCGCUGCGGGCUAUACUUCCGCUUCGCGUGAUACUCCUAGUCGAGAAGAAAAGAAGGAAGACAGUGUUGAAGACCGCGUGAAGCAGAUGGAGUUACGUAUUAUGGCGUUAGUGGAGGAAUCUUGCAUGUUGAGCUCUCGUCCUGACCCUGACGAUGACUCCAGUGCUGCCAAAAAAGAAUAUGACUUAGGACAAGCACUGGCAAAGGCACAAGAGGCGUCGACACUAGAACGACAACUUAUUCGUAUGCAAGAACAAGCAAAUCUCGGAGACUCCCAUAAUUUGGAUCUUACUUUUGCUGUCCUGUGUAAUUUAGCAGGACAGUAUGCUGUCAACGAAAUGUACACUGAAGCACUAAAUACCUAUCAAUUACUAACAAGAAACAAACUUUUCCCUCACGCUAAUAGAUUGAAAGUUAAUAUGGGAAAUAUUUAUUUCAAAAUGGGAGAACACCCAAAAGCAUUGAAGCUGUAUAGAAUGGCGCUAGAUCAAACACCAACUGCUGAAAAAGAUUUGAGAAUGAAAGUGAUGCAUAAUAUUGGUCUUCUCUUGGUCCGUAUGGGUAAAUUCCGCGACGCAGUCACAAAUUUUCAGCAUAUCAUGCAGGAACAGGGAGAUUUUCAAACAGGCUUGCACCUUGUAUUGUGUUCUGUAGCACUGAACGACGCCGAAGGAGGCAAAGCAGCUUUUCAUGCGAUGUUAGAUGUUGAUCCACCAAUGCAUCAUCAGGACAUAACUAUUGAUGACGAGAACGAUCCUUAUGAAUGCGUGUUACGGGACGUGAUUCGUGCAGAUCGUUUAUCGCGAUGGUCGCGUCGUGCGGCUGCUGAUGCCGAGCGUUGCUUAGCGCUUGCCGCCGCUGCGCUGGUGAGGCCUUCUAGUCGGGAUGACGAGUCUGGAGGCAUGUCAUGGUGCGUGGAAGCUUUAAGAGGAUAUUCUGGCGGCGGCGCUGGGGCCCGAUUAGAGUUGGGCGGUGCCUUGGCAGCGCUGCGGGCUUUGGGUGGCGGGGCCCGUCCACCUUCCGCCGGCGGACAGAGAGCGUUGCAACGACUAAAAGCUGUGGCGCGCGCUCAUCCCAAUGAUAUCGUACUGAGGGCUGAGGCUAAUGCCGAUGCUGCUUUUGUUGCUUAUGCGUUGGGCAAUUUUACUGAAGCGAGAGCACUAAGCGAAGCGGCCGCGCGAGAUGACCCGUAUUCAUGUGCCGCUAGAGUCACAGCAGCUCUGUCUAGCGCUGCGGCCGGUGACGCCUCCGCCUGGCAAGUCGCGGCACAGCAACUCGCUGCUGCUAGCCACCUUGAUCCUGCCGAUUUGGUCGCUAUGCACGAUCUUGCUCUAGCACUAGAAAAGAGCGCCGAUGACAUCUCAGUAGACGCAGCUGAGGCGCGGUGGACGCGAGUGCGCGGCGCUGCGGGCGCAGGUGCCACUUUGCGCAGUUUGGCUGCCGCGGGUCUAGCGCGGCUCGCACGUGCACAUAGCCACGACCCAUCCGCUACCGAUCAUUGGUACAGCAUGAUCGGUGGUUGGGAUGCGGGAGUGACGUGCGCACUGGCACAGCUACAUAGUGAAAUGGGCGAUAUGCAAACAGCAAAACAUCAUUAUCAAGAUGUGGAAGCAGUAUGGCCCUGUGAAUUAUCAGCUUUGGAGUGGCUGGCGCGAGAGGCGCCACCCGACGUGGCUUUGCAGUACUAUCGCCGCGCCGCGCGUUUGCAGCCUAACAAUCCUCAAUGGGGCCUUUUGAUGGGCAGCUGCUUACGGGCAAGUGGCCGAUACCAAGACGCACUUUCGCUUUUCAAGAAGAUGAACGCUCGAUUCCCGGACAAUGUUCAAUGUUUAAAACUGAUAGUUAAACUAUGUGGAGAUCAGGGAUUAUCAGAAACAAGUGCUUGGACGCGCGAAUUGCAACGAGCGCAAGCGAGGCUCAAACAACAAGAUAGAGCGUCGUCUGUAACAUCAAUAGGCAGCGGAUCAUCCGGAGCCAGCCAGUCGCCUGUUGACCAGAUAAGAGGAACUCGCGACUCCCGCGUUGGUAGCGCCGCGCCUCUGCUCACACCCGCUAGUCGCCGCUCCAGUGCUACAUACGCUGUUAGCAGCAGUCAAGAUAGCGUACAGCAGGUAAACCGAUCGUUGCAUAGGUCGGCAGGCAAAAAGAAGAAUAUCGACGAUUUCGAUGAAGAUCUGCCAUUACCGCCUGAGUAAUAUUAGUAUUACGCCAACUACGUGACUUUUAUCAGAUUAUCGGUUAAAUAAAAACAUUUACAUCUAUCGUGACGUUGACCUCAAUACAUGAAUACUGGUUGUUAGUAGAAACGAAAUGUUUUACCUUUCGUAUUGAGCUGUUUCUUUUUGUGAACUGUUAGGUGUCUAGUCCAGUAAUUGACCUUUUGGUAUUUGUCCUCAAAAGUACUGUCACGGCACAAUAUCAAUUAGGGAUAAUUGGACGAAACUAAUGUAGAGAGAUAAAGAAAAAGUGUUCAAGGAAAGUAAAUAAUAUAUUCAAGUAAAUAAAUAUUUAACUUUUUAUACUGAUAAAAACUAGAAAACAGCAGACGUGAAAUAUGUACACACUUGUACUUUGACCAAUGACAAACGAUUUAAUUGUUUGUUCUAAGAGUUUGAGAUGUUCUUAUUAGUUUUUAUAUUCCAGAGACAUAUAGAGGUGGUAGAAAACAAUUUAAUUUAAUAUCACAUAUACGUUACAUAAACCAUAUUCAACCCUACAGAAUACAAAUUCAAUCGAAACAGUGGCAAUUAUUUUGAACAUCGAACAUUAUGUCGCCACCAUCCGUUUGGAUGGGUUGUUAUUGUUACAAUUAAAUCAUAAGGA